CCUCAAUGGGCACAUGGCCUUUGAUAACAGCAGGCUAUCUGUGCCAGGUACUGUAGAGGGAACAAUUGAGAAUGGGCACGAGGGAGAUUUCUCCAAUUUGAUAGACAGCCUGUUGACGCCUGUCGCUCAAACCAUACUUAUCUAUACCCGACCCUCCAGCCGUGCAAUCUCGCUACUGCUCCCCUCUCCCCCCAUUUCUGACUUAAUUUGAUCCCAGAUAAUUCCAUUUCAAUCUUCUUUUUGUUGCGUCUUCUGCCCACCUUCCAAGUUCAGCAAAGACCAGUCCGUGCAGCCAUCACCUCUCAGUGUAUAUAUUAACAGCGGCCUGUGGCACCCUGCGUGCAAUUUAUCAUCGUGCCUCUCGGCCAUUUGUUCUCAACGACUCCAGAAACCACACAACAUGUCGAUCUCCUCCAUCAAAGGCCUGCUGUCCAGCUACUCCCCAGUCUCAGAAUACUCCCCACAACACGACCUGGAGAAAGAAUACCCCCUCUCCCUGCGCCAUGAAAGCGAUAGCGAGUCCACCGCCGGUUCCAGCAGCUCAGUAUGCCGGGAAGCACCAGAGAAGAAAGAAUCCAAACUCCUCGAUGGACGCAUCGUCUCCGACGCCAUCAUUGGCCUCUCCGACGGCAUGACCGUGCCAUUCGCCCUGACCGCCGGUUUGUCCGCAUUGGGAGACACAAAAGUAGUCGUAUUUGGAGGCAUGGCCGAGCUCAUUGCAGGCGCUAUCUCCAUGGGGCUGGGGGGUUAUUUGGGUGCCAAAAGUGAGGAGGAGUCUUAUCGAGCGACAUUGAAAGAGACGAAGCAGGAAAUCCGGACGGACCCCGCCUCGGUGACAGAGACCAUUUCCGAUGUCUUUGCUCCCUAUGAUCUCCCCGCGGAAUUGGUUGGGGAGCUCACGCGACACCUCUCCACCUCCCCCAUGCUCCCAUCCUUUCUUAUGAAUUUCCAUCACACUGUCCAGGAGCCGUCUGGGUCGCGGGCCUGGGUGUGUGCCCUGACGAUUGCGCUGGGGUACUUCAUCGGCGGCUUCGUGCCGUUGCUCCCGUACUUCUUUGUCGGGCCGCAUGGCGCCUUCUAUGCCCUGCAGUGGUCGAUCGCCACGAUGGUCGUCGCAUUGUUUCUGUUUGGUUAUGGAAAGACGUGCUUUGUGAGUGGUUGGAAGGGGUCUCAGAACAUCUGGCGGGGACUUAUUGGGGGCUUCCAAAUGGUUCUGGUGGGAGGAGUCGCGGCUGGGUCGGCGAUGGGGCUGGUGAAAGGGUUCCAGAUGCUGGCGGAUGCUCAUCAGGGCCAUGAUCACCAAUGAAUUUGUUUUUGGUUGUUCUUCUGGCCUUUUCACUCUGUUACUGGCGUUCAAGCGGGCUACAAAAUGGGCGUAUUGCAAUCAUGCAUUGGGUGAUACCGGGUUUUGGUUGACUGGCCGUAGAUCCAAAGAUGGAAUAUUGUCAUUCAUCGGUUCGGUUAUUGAUACUAGGAGUAUAUGGAGUACAGUACAUAGCUAUCGUGAGCUCAUGUGGUUAGGGUGAACGAGGAGUAUGUCUUUUUUUUUUUU